AUGCUGAUGCCCAACAAGGACCGCCUGGCGAUCUUCGAGUACCUCUUCAAGGAGGGCGUCAUGGUGGCGGAGAAGGACUUCCACCCGAAGCGCUUCCACCCGGCGCUGGGCAAGGUGACCAACCUCUUCGUCAUCCGCGCCCUGCAGUCGCUCAAGUCGAAGGGCUACGUGAAGGAGCAGUUCAGCUGGCGCCACUACUACUGGUACCUGACCAACGAGGGCAUCAACUACCUGCGCGAGUACCUCCACCUGCCCGCCGAGAUUGUGCCCAGCACGCUGAAGCGACCGGUCAAGCCGGAGGGCGCCCAGCGACGCGACAAGCUCGAAGACGGUGGCCCACCACGCGCCGGCGGCGGACGGGACAGCUACCGACGAGAUGACGGCUACCGCCCUGGCUACGGCCGUGGCUCCAACUUCAACAAGCCUCCCCCGACUCAGUAG